CCGACCAGGAGCAGACCUGUGCAAGUCCCCUAGUUCCCGCCAAUUGUGUAGUGGAUCAAUUCCAGCAAACCAUAGGAUUACUGCUCCAGUAUUGUUUUUAGGUUACCAGUCUGUUUCUCGCUUCGGGUGCCGUGCUUCAUGUUACUCGGUGCUGUUGUUCCAAUUUCUGGACGAAUUCGAUUAUGACCAAAGCCAUAAUCAGAGCCGAAGAGUAGAACAGUGAAUCAAAAUUUUGAAUUUUGUGUGUGUGCAUAUGAAAAUCAGAUUGAAACGGUUCAACUGUAGAAAAAGCAAUGACGAAUAAUCGAUUAAAUUUGGCGGUUCUGGCAUUAGUCUUGAUUCAACAGUGUGUGGCCAGGGAUCCACCGAAGGUGGAUAUCCCUGAUCAGGGAACAGCGAUGGCCACAUUUGUGAAAAUGUUCAGAACCCAAAGAGUGAUCGGGUAUCUUGGGAUACCUUAUGCACAGGCGCCUACUGGAGAGAAGCGUUUCUCGCGACCGGUCGUCGAUAAUCUUCCCAGCUGGGAGGGCGUCAAGAAUGCUUCCACGUUUGAGAAACAGUGCUGGCCAUCGCCGCGAAGCACUCACAGACGACACAAUCAACUAUUUAUGGAGCUGAUCCAGUCAGCGGACGAAGGCGAGAUGCAGUACGAUGAGGACUGUUUGUUUCUGAACAUAUACAUACCGGAUUCUACCACACCACCAGAGGGCUUUUCGGUACUGGUGAUGUUCCCCACUGGCGACUUCGAUGGCGAUACACCAUUCAUGCUGAACCCGUUCCAGAUGGUUUUCAAGCAGAAACUAAUAGUCGUAACCGUGCAAUAUCGUUUAGGAAUGUUUGGAUUUUUGAGUACAGGCGACGGGGAGGCUCCAGGCAACUUCGGUCUGAUGGAUCAAGCAGCAGCACUCUUCUGGAUCAAUAGAAACAUCAAGUUGUUCAACGGAAAUGAAGCGUCUGUAACAAUUAUCGGACAAGGAACGGGUGGUGUUUGCGUUGGUCUCCUACUAACCUCGGGAGAGUGGACGAAAGAUUAUUUCCACAAAGCUAUCAUCAUGUCCGGGAGCGUGCUGACCGAUUCGAUGGUCAAGAGUCCUCAGUAUUACACACAAGCAUUGGAUGAAACUGCAAGCAUAUUCGGCUGCAAUCGAAGACCUACGUCCAACUUGAUCGAAUGUCUACGAAGAGUUCCCGGGCCAGUUUUGGCCGAAAAUGCCCCUACCGUAGAUUGGGGACCUGUGGUCGAUAAAGAUCUGAAUGCUACUAGCACCCCAUUCAUCCCUGAGCAACCGAUAUUACUUGCGCGGCAGGGACAGUUAGGGAAAAUUCCGCUCUUGAUCGGCUAUACCGAUAUGGAAGAAGGUUUGGAACUGGCCAUGGGUGAUAUCUUGGAAAAUGGUAUUGCAGCCGAGAUGUUCGAAACAUUACUUGGCGAUGCUGUAAUGAUGGAUCUGUCGCAAAUGGACUUCAACGACACCGUUUGCGGAGGAAACAUGGAGAUAGUAAUGGAUGCGGUUCAAUUUCAGUACAAUCCUUAUCCACCUACCAUGGACCCAAUGGUAUUAAGAAAACGAUACAUCGAAUUCGCAACUGAACGAAAGUAUGUCUCUUCCACGAUUGAACUGGCAAUGCACAUGAGUCAAUUAGCGGACACCUAUGUGUAUCGAUUCGAUAUAAAGCCGCGGACUGAUGCGGCCUUGAAAAACAUCCCGGAGUGGAUGGGUGUACCACACAAUUUUGAGCUAAUCUUCCUUUGGGGUCUUCCGUAUUGGCUGAUGUUAGCUGAUCAGAUGCAGUGGGACAGUGCGGAUAAGCGCGUGGCAGACAUCGUUAUGACCCUGUGGGCCAACUUCGCCAAGUACACAAAUCCUACCCAGGUUGGUGUUUACAUCAAAUGGGAUAAAUUCACCAACGAUGAGCCGGGCGUGUUGAUCAUCGAUCGGUCAUUCAACAUGAGCGACCAGACGACGAUGAACUUUAAUGCGGUGAAAUUUUGGAACCACUACUACCCCAGUGUUAUCAAUUUCGCGGCACAGUGCUGCAAUUCCACGUACAAUGGCGGUAACAGUUACCACAAAAUGUUGAGUAGUUCCGUAGUAUAUAGUGUUGUAGUAGCGAAUUUUAUAUUGUUACAAUCAUUUAUUUACAUUCAAAUACAAUAUUUUUUCCAAACGUAA